UGACACUUUUGGCAAUCACGUGACUUUUGUUGACAUGCUGACAGAGUACAAAAAAAAGUAAUUUAGCGGUGUUUGUUUCUGUAUCCAGCGAAGUAGUUUAGUUGGAGUUAAACAUACGAUUAUAUGUGAUAGUUGUGUAGCUAUUUGAACGAUGGGUAAAAUCUGUAAGAUCUGCUAUCCGUGGUCGAUUCGUCUGUCCCCAGUGUAGAUGUUAACUAACACUGUGAUAGCUGGCUCUAUUUAAUGUUUUAUAUUGUUUAGGCUGCAACCAGUCUUUCUGACAUGGCGUCGCCUGCACCGGGAGUCCAGAACAAGAACCGUGUGGCCAUUUUGGCUGACCUGGACAAGGAGAAGAGACACUUGAUACAUAACUCAUCCAUGAAUAACCCUGCAGCCAGGCCUGCCCUGAAUAAAGCCUUCAGAGACCACACUGAGCAGCAGCACAUCGCUGCCCAGCAGGAAGCAGCUCUGCAGCAUGCCCAUACACACUCUUCUGGUUUCUUCAUCACUCAAGACUCGUCCUUCGGGAACCUGAUCCUCCCCGUGCUGCCACAACCAGACCCACCUUCAGCAGCAGAACUACAGAACCUUUAAGAAAACAUGGCAGAAAGACCGACGGCUAGAAGUAGCAGUUGGCCACGGUGUGUUACAGAUCAGCUGUUUGGUAUUGUCGAAUCAACAUUUAGAAUCGUCGGGAAAUUACCUGAAAUUGGCUGUCGAUAUUCUGGUCAGAGGUGAUAUGAAAUUGUAGGCCACCCGCUACGUUUCAGAACAUUUAGCCAUUAACUGCUAUGUUUCUUCCCUUCCAGGGGGAGGCGGCCACUAGACCUUCCAGGAUAUGACAUAUUAUAUGUUAACUUUAAAACUGACAGCUAAUGAAACUGAGGAGUAUUGUGGUCUGUAAUAAAGCCCUUUGAGGAAAAACUCAUUCUGAUUGGCUGGGCCUGGCUCCCCAGUCGGUGGGCCUACCAGGUCCACCCAUGGCUGUGCCCCUGCCCAGUCUUGUGAAAUCCAUAGAUUAGGGCCUAAUGAAUUCAUUUAAAUUGACUCUUUUAAAGUUGUUGCGUUUCUGUUUUUUGUUCAAUAUAGAUUUGCCUUUGUAGACAGAAAACAUAUAUUUUUUUAUGAAACCGGGUAAAUUGCAACAUGGUUAUUUUCUGUCUCCAUUUUUCGCAACCAAAAGAGUCACAAUGUAAAAACUAUAUUAUUGCAUCAGUCACAUUUGCGUGGGUAUAGUCUACAUCCACGUAGAGCAGUCUAUACGUUAAAAACAAGGCUCCAACACAAUCUUUCAGUAAAAGCUAUUUCAAAACCCCAAAAACACCAUUUCCUGGUGAUUGGAAGUAUGUGUGUAGAGGUGAAUUAUAAAACCAGUUAAGUGGAUCCAUGGUGUCACGACAAAACCACCAACACAGCAGGCUGAGAAUGGCCUGAUCUUUUACAAUGGUCUCACUAGUUGAUUAUGAUUAGGAAAUGAAAUGCUUUGAAUCUACUGUAAACAACUGGUCCAUUGGUUGUUUACUUUUCUAGACUAGUAAGCGUUUGUUUGUUUUAAAAUCAGUACUUCGCUACUAUAAUACCUGAAUGUUGUCUAAAAAAAAUGUUCAACUAGCUAGUGAUUUAGCAAUUAAAUGUUUUGUUGACAAAAGUCGACCUACAUACAAAAAAAAUACUUCCGGGUCACGGAAAUUCUGAAUUCUUCUAAAUAAAGAAUAGUAGACGUGUCGAUAACCUGGGUUAGUUAUGAAAACAGUGAGCGCUUCCACGGGGCAGAAGUCAGCAAUGCUGCGAUUCUAGACGGCAAAAAUGACAAUAAACCGUCAUGUGGGGAAUCUAAACGUGA